AUGUUCGACCACAACAAGCACGCGUCUCGUAAAUAUAUUGACCUUAUACAUCGAGCCUCAUCCGAGUGGGCGAAUUGGAAACCGUCCAUCCGUAUAAAGGUCGGCAGCUUUGGCACUGUAGACAAGAAGACGGGUGAGCUACUUGUCGAGGGCAACAUCUACGACGAGUGCAAUAUCCCACUCCUCGCGGCGCUUUGCCCUGGAUUUGACCUUGCCAAUCACAAGCCCGUGGAGACUGAGUCAAAGGGGUACAUGGAGAUAUGCUCUGCAGAAGUGAAGCAGUUGGAACUUAGUCUCGAUGGAUCUUGUGAACUUCCAUUAGCCCUCUCGGAAGCGUCGAUCAAGAAAGAGUGGCACUUUCCCCAGCGACAGAGCAGUGCUCUGCUUGUGGUAUAUGCUCCAUGCCACAGGCACAUGCCCCCAGAUGCCUUGCGAGUCCUAGCAAACCUCUGCACAUUUCCAGCGUUUAAAGACAGGUGUCUCGUUACGAGCGUUACAUCGUGUCCAGCUUACUCCCUCCACCUCUGUGACAAGAGUGGAGGAAAAGUCAAAGUCGAACUCGGCUCCAAGGUUCUCAUUCCCCAUUCCCCAGUAUCUGCAGGUGGCAACUGCGGCUUCAAAUGGAACACUAUCACGCAGACCUCGCUGUCCCGCGAGGAGGCGCAUCCGGAGGGACACAGCAUCUACGACCCUCUAUUCACGCUGAAAAGGUUCCCUAAGCGGAAUUUCUUGACAAGGUCUCACUCGCCCUCGUCCCUUCACAUGGGUGCCUUCUUCGUGUCCCCGGAUGUAUCACCUAUCAGUCCAGCCAGCUCAACCAGUUCAACUAGCUUGACUAGCUCAUACUCGGACUCGGAGACCGACGUGGAAAUCGAAUGGGAUAAUGCCAAGGAGCCAUGGCUGGAGCUGGACGACGAUGGGGAAGAACUUCCGUCCGAGGAUCUCCAACCUGUCGAUCAUCAACGUUUGGGUCCGCUUCUCAGAAUCCAAACAGCGGAUAUAUAA